CUUGCGGACGUGCAUACCGGCUGAAAAAUAAAUACAAGUUCUAUGUGUUUUUCCAAGAUCCAAUAGUUUUAUGUGAUAUUUUUUGAAUAAAAAGCUCGCCAUGGACAUCAUUCUGCCCGAGCAAUACAAUGAACAAAAAUUUCUAGAGUGCGCUUCGCGAAUACAAUAUGACGAGUUCAAUGCAAAAAUGCUUGCGUUCUUUUCGAGCUGCAGCGAUGUUGAUGUCUACCAGCUAAUUCCUGACGAUCGUAUUUUGCAACUAAUAUACGGAUGGGAUGCUUGCCAUCUGCACAGCCGCGAUUCCAUCACGGAAGAGCUGGGACACAUUGUCCGAUUGCUGGCGCAUCAUACGUUGCAACUGUGGUUCAGCCAGGAGUGGAUGGGCUGCUCGGAGACCCUGAAGCGCAUACUUUUACACUAUUUGAACAAGGGUCAUAAGGUGUUUAAUAAGAUUAAGGGGCUCUGCGACAUCGAUUGGCAGUAUAUACUCAACUAUCAAAUGAGCCCCUGGCGUUUGCCCUAUUUGCAGCAGCUCUUUGCCAAUUUACAGCAGAAUAAACAUCAUGUGAUUGAGCACGCUGUGCCGCCAGCCACUGCAGAAGAUAUAACAUUUCUGAUGCAGGAGCGUUUGCAUUUGAUCAUACUUCGUCUAUUAAAGCUCUUCGAUGCUGGCAGCUGGGAAGCAGUUAAGCAGCUUUCGCUGCGUGUGCUCGCCGCCUGGCUGAAAUGCUAUCCAAGAAUUUGUGCAGAGCGCUUGCCUUCUGAACAGACGUCCAUUGUCUUAGUGGCACACCUUUAUCUGCUCACAGUUUUUGUUGCGGACGACAAUCGUGGCUAUAUAAUUGAUAAUAUGAUGUACAACAUACGCUUCUAUGCGCAGAGCAUGCAGGAGACAUCGAAUGCAGAGGCCAUGGGCUAUACUCCCGCUAGGCUAAUUGCACAGAUUUGUGUACGCUUGGGUCUGGGCAAGGAUGGUUUCUUCGAGCACAUUGUGUUUAAGAAGUUCAAUUUAAACCUCGUCACCUCUUUCGCUGUCAUGUUGGAGGCCUACACCAGCUAUGUGCUGGGCAAUCAACUUCUGGAAUUGAUGGCUCUUAAUGAGCACGAUUUCAUGGCGCACAUAGCACAGUUCAAGGUGCUGAUGCAUCGAUAUGUGGAGGAGCGCGAGAACAGCGAGCGCUUCUUGCUCAAUGAACUGCAGAAAUUAGAGUGUCAGCGCAACAGCCACGCUCUGCCGCACACAGUGAAUCUGAAUCUCAACUACCAGCAGCAGAUAUGCAAGGGAAAUCGUGCGAGCAACAUUGGCAACUACAAGAAUUGCGAUGAUGAUGAGAAGCCGCUGUUGGAUGUCGACGAGGAGUUAGAUAGACAAAUAGAUCCGGUCUUUCAGAAUGUGCCCAAUAAUGAGGACGUGUUGGAUUUUGUGUACAAUUUGCUGGCACAACGUAAAUUCAGAGGCUGGCAGUUUGCCAAGAUUGCACUGCUGUUAAAGAUAAUUGGCCAGAAGCUAAAUACCAUUGAAGUUUGGCGCUAUCAUCCAGGCUUAACCACACAAUUCAUGCUUAACCUGGAACACAAGCUCUCUGACAACUAUGCCGACUUAGCCAAGGUAUUUACGGAGCAUGGCUUCAUGGAGGCGGAGUUCUGGUUGACGGCUUUCUAUUUACAUCCAACGCGCAGCAGCUAUUGUGAGGUAAAACGGUGUUCGCGCAUUAAAAAGAAACGGAAGGACGAGGAGGAAGUUGUCUCCAGCAAAACAGGAGCACGUACUGAUAAAUUGGAUCAUAUCAAAUAUGAGCUGUUGAGUUCAACCAUUGAUGUAGAUGAAAUUGUUGCUAUCACCAAUCACAAUGCACCCGUAGCCGACUAUGAUCCAGUCUCGAAGGCACUGCAAACGUUGCGUUUGCCGCGCAGCAUACUCAAGGAUUUGCUGACGGUGGCCUUUCAGCCUCGCAACAAGCGUUACUCAUGGGCGUUGGAAUGGAACACCUUGCACGAACGCUGCAGCACUCUACUGAAGAGCACGGAUCUAAAGCGAAAGUUUGUGGCUUUAAAUAUGGCGGAGGCCAACGAUAGUCUGAAGUAUUUGAAAAUCGAUUAUGAAAAGUACAAAAAUCGGCCACAAUUGGACUACGGCACCAUCGAAGAAGGCUACGAGAAUGCUGUAAACACAGCUGAGGCAGAUGGUGACUUGAGCGCCGAUGAGGAUGAUGAGGCGCAGAAAACAGAUCGUGACAAGACUGGGCGCGAUAGAAAACGCCACCGAAUACCAAUUAAGUUCUGGAAGGAAGUCUCUGAGGAUGAAGAGGAGGAGGAUCAGGAAUCUGAUGAGUCAGAGGCCUAUUAUACAGGUUCUGGAAGGCGCACGCGUAUACGAGCAGCUGCUCUUAUGGCCAAUACGAUGAUCACCGACAUGGAUAGAGCCAUGCGUAGUGGACGUCGUUCACCUGUGGCUGAUGCAGCAGCAGAGCAAUCAACACUCGAAGCUGGGACAUCGAAACCACAACCAGAGGAGUCAAUCGUGCCAAAGCGUUCGAUUAGUGAGCUGCUGCAGUCGCAGGCCAAGUACACAAACGAAACUAGUGGCUUUAAAGCGUUUGCUGACAUUUGGAGCAUUGAGAAGGUCGAUCAGCUCAACGUGCGAGUAGAUGACAAUGUGCUCAUGGAGAGCAAUUCGCUACUGAGCAAAUUCAAAAGUUUACAGGGUCUGAGACGAAGCACAACAGCAACGACUGGUCAGCUAGGUACGAUCAAGGAAAUGGAGAGCUCACGCACCAGCAGCCGUUACAACAGUGAAACGGACAGCUUGCAGUCUGGAACCUCAAUGAUGGCCAUGCACGAUGCGAACGAGUUCGAGGAGGGACAAUCUGAACCUGUAACUGGCGUAAGUAAAGUGAUUCCGCCCCAGCCGGCGCCAACUUCUGAUUUUACUAUGGAGACAGAAGUGUUACAGCUCAGAGGAAAGCUUCUAACCAGGGAUGAGGCCACCGCCAGAGCAAUGCCGACUGCCUUGGCGACGAAGGAGCGGACGGAAACAGCGAAGAAGCCAGCUAAACGAAAGAAACAGCCAAGUGAUGAAAAUUACAGACGACUCAAAACAAAUCUCAGUGCAAGUCCCGAGCCAAGUUCAUCUGAAACUUCAGUUAGCGAUGUGAAUGCGCGACUAAUUGAGGAAUGCUUGACCCGGCAGGUAGAGGUGCGUCUGGACAUGCUCUCAUCACAGGACAUUGAGAAGCUGCGUGGGUUGCGGGUGCGUGUGAAGCGUACUAAUUUCCGCCACUAUUACCGUGAAUUGAAAAUGCAACAAGAACACAGCAGAUCCUCAUCGAGGAGCAAAAGGAGCCACAACCAUACUGACGACAGCAACGCAUCGACGUCCACGUCGGAGCUGCAGAGUGAGGGCGGGAGAAGAAGCAAAGGCAGCAAGCAGUUCGUGCACAUAACAUCCGAUUCAGCUGAACCUUCGGUGCACUUGAAACGAUUUAAGCACAUCACCUCUGAUUCUUCCACCUCAACAGAUCCGGAGGAGGCGGCGUGUUCAGCCUCGAGGGAACGACGUCGACGCGGUCACAAAUGGAGCCAGCAGAAAAUCAAAGUCAAUCAGCCAAAGUCACCUAAAGUGAGGCACGUGACGGGCGAUACGGAUGUCAUCGAGCUCUCCUCGGACUCGUCGUCAUCGUCGCGAUCGCCCGUGCCCGUACCCGUGACUGUGAGUCGGUUUCCAGCUAUGGUGCUGCCUUUGGAAUUGGAUCCACUCUAUGAGGAGGAAAUUGUACCUUUCUGAAGAUGCUUACCCGAUGCUCUUCUUUGGUUUCUUUCCCUCUCUCUCUCUCUCACACACACGCUUGGCUCGGGGCUACGUGACCGAAACGAAUGCAGUCGGGGUUGCACGCCACACACACACGCACACGCACACAAAACAGGGGCAACCAUUGGGCACACAGGCAGCUUGUUAAAUUGAAUUUGCGUCGCUUGUUAGAAUGCAAUUUGCCUGAGGCACAAAUCUAUAUUUGUAGCUGCGCCUGUAUUUGCUUUGGCUCGGACCGUGUUAGGAUGUUUGAUGAAAUUAUAUAUGUACAUAAGCUAGCUCAUGGACAGGGACAAAGCUAGCAUGGCUUUUAUUUAGUUAACACUGCCUCGAGGCUAUGUCUGUGCCUGUGUGUGUGCGUCUGCAUAUGCGUGAGUCCGAGGCGACAAUUGUGUGGAAAAUGAAUGCGCCAGCUUCCAUAAUAAUUCACAUACUUUCAUGCAAACCUAAUAAGCGCUCACACUUCAAUUAACUGUAUAAUUGAUACGCAUUAUACUUACUCAAAACCUUCAAUUAGCCACACGCGCCCGAUCAACGGUUGCCACUUGAGCUACCAACCCACACGUGUCGAGUGGUGUGAAUUUUGACGGCUGUAAUCCAUAUCCGACAAGAAGCAAUUGCUUGGCUUUAAUCUGCACUUUGGCAAGAAUAUCUUUUGGCAUAUCUAAUCUGUUUAUGCUCAACUGUUUUGGCGGCGUUCCUCUGGAUAUCUUGAGAUUUGUAAUAAAUAUGACCAAAAAUGUAAA